AUGGAAUCUACUACACCCAUGAAGGAAGAUGGUCGAGGUAGUUCUGCUAAUGUGAUUAAACCUUCAACCAUGACGCCUCCUGAGAUGAAACUAAACGAUUCAAAACAAGAUGAUUCACGUGGGAGAGAGUUAGGGAGUGAUAGCAACAGGAACAGGUCAAGCAUAGAUAAUAGUCCACUCAAGAAACUUGCAACAGCAAUACCUAUAACUCCGUCAAAAGUGUCUGUGAAAUCAGAUCAAUCAAUUGAUGAACGAUUAGAUACUCCUUAUAUGGAUCCACCAGAUUUAUUAGGUCUUUCAUCAACUAAUUCUAGUGUCACAAAGAACACACCAAGAUCUGCGAGAAGGAAGUCCUUUGGUAGAGAAUCGAGUAGCAAGAGUCGACGUAACUCCAAUCAGAUAUCACCAACAUCAAUGAUAUUCCGAAACUUAUUAAUCAUGGAGGAAGAUUUACGUAAUCAAGCAAGAGAACAAAAAAAACUAAGAUGGCAAUAUACUGGAUUUUUAUCCUGCUUAGCAGGUGCGGCAGCAUUUUCCAUAUAUGAAUUAUAUUUCAGUGAGGUUGUGGUUAAAGGUAUAUACAGAUUUUUCUUACAAUUUACUAUAUGUUUCAUCUCAAUUACUUUGGUCCUGUUUCAUCUAAGUGGUCAGUACAAGAGAACAAUAGUGAUACCCAGAAGGUUUUUUGUCUCUACAAAUAAAGGAAUACGACAGUUUAACAUAAGAUUGGUUAAAGUUCAUUCAACAUGGGAUGAAAACCUCACGGAUAUGAUUAGGCUAGCCAUGAACGCAUUUUCGGAUUCAAAUAUAUGGCUCUGUGAAGAAAUAUUAACUUUCUGGAAACCUAUCAUUCUCUUACGGUUUUGGCAUGGCGUGAAACUGAGAUGUCAACCAAGGAUUGGUGCUGUAGACGUCAAGAUUGUUUUGAAUCCAAGGGCUUUUAGUGCUGAGAUUAGAGAAGGUUGGGAGAUAUAUCGUGAUGAAUUUUGGGCUAGAGAAGGUGCAAGAAGACGUAAAACUGUAAACGAAGCAAAGUCAUAA